AUGCCACAACAGCAUCAUCAAGUACAGCAAAAUGGUAAUGGAAAUAAUGAUAGCCGCAGUGGUAAUGGUAAAAAACGUGCGCAUUCAACAUCUUCAUCGUCAUCCGAGAAAUCGAAUGCUCCACGGCCGUACAAAUGCCCAAUGUGUAAUAAAGCAUUUCAUCGCUUAGAACAUCAAACGCGUCAUAUAAGAACUCACACGGGGGAAAAACCGCAUCGGUGCGAGUUUCCUGGAUGUGAAAAGAAAUUUUCUCGAUCUGAUGAAUUAACGCGACAUCGAAGAACUCAUACGAAUCCGACAAAAAAGGAUAAACGUAAGCAACAACAAAAAUUGAAUAUGGAGUUCAAGAAUAAUAGUGCUGCAUCAUCGUCGAAUUUGAUGGCAUCCGCCUGUUCAAGUUAUUAUAAUCAUCCAGAAUGUGGACUGCCAUUUGCUUCUAUCAAUCAUAUUAACGCUAUUCCCCCACCUUUCGAACCUCCAAGCAAAAGAAUGCGUCGUCUCAGUAAUGAAGAUUGUCGACACAAUGGCAUUAACAAUAACAAUUUGCCAAGCCCACCAUUAUUGGCAAGAUCUUUUGAUCGUAAUCAGAUUGAAGGAUUAAACGGUGACAUUCAUUCAUCACAUUUCUGUUCUGAGAAUUGCUCCGAUUCCGAGAAUGAAUUUGCACCCCUAACGCCAGAGUCAUCACCUUUACUUGGCCCUCAAGUAGAAGAAGGCUCACCAUCAAAUUCUCUACUUGUUCGUCAAUUCACAACUCAUAAUAGUAAGAACUAUUAUUACAAUAGCACAAACAACGGUGCAAUGUUGCCUUCGAUGAUCAACGCGAUCAAUUUCACGCCAAAUAUUCCAAUGAAAAAAAAUAUAAUAACUACAUCUAAUACGAAAACUACCUCAUCAACAAAUACAAAUUUAAUAAUAACCGGAAAUAAUUCGGCAACUAAUCGUAUUAGUGAUAUUGUAAAUACUCCAUUGCCACCACAGGAAAGCAACGUAUUCGACUAUUGCGCUCUACCACCUUUCCGAUACUAA